CAAUGUUAUCUGGCUAUGGCUUCUGCUUUCCUUUUUGGAAACUUUUGUUUAUUUUCUCCAGACCUUUUUCCAGUUUUCUUUCCGGGGCCAUAUAAACCACUUUGAGAUCUCACAUGAAGGGUUUGUCUUAAUUGUCUUAGGAUUCUUGAUUUCUGGGGCUCAGGAAAGAUUGAUGCCGAAGAAAUUGACUGCUAUCUUGAACUUUUCAUUUUCUGAAUAAUGGGGUCUCCGCUUUCUGUUCUUUGGUGGCUUUUCUCUUUAUGGACUCUUUCUUUGUAGAUCCAAUAAACAGUAGCGAGGCUUGUUUGCUGCAUCAAAAUUAUUUCAUGGAAAAGAGGAUGUAGUUUCUUCUCUCAAUGAUAUUGUGUUAGUUGAGAACUUGAGAUUUUAGUAUACAUGCCACUUUGAAACCUGAGCACUUUGCUAUUCUAAGUUAUAUGAGACUUGAGGUUGUCCAAGCUUUGCUGGAGUGCAUUGUAUCGAAUUGAGUACUUUUCACCUCCUUUGUUGCUGUCAAACUCGCUUAGUUGUCUUUUUAAGCGGAGAAAUGCCACGAUCAAGAGUAACAGAAAUAGCUCACCGGCAAUCUCCUCGAGGCCCGCCUAAUAUCAGGGCGUCCAGCUCUGAUUCUGAUCCACUGCAUGUUCGUCCCAGAGCUGAAAGAAGCCCAAAACUGGCUGAGGGUCGACCAGCACGAGGAUCCCAAUCUGAUCCAUUGAAUCAAAAGAAACUUGGAACUCGCAUUGCAGAUCUGGAAUCUCAACUCAGCCUAGCACAGGAGGAGCUCAAAAGUCUGAAGGGCCAAUUAGUCCCAACUGAGGCUGCCAAAAGAGCAGCACAAGAUCAACAUGAGAAGAAAUCAAAGAAACAGCAAAAGGUUCCUGAGCUGUUGGAAAUUGAAGAGAAGCACUCUACCCAGAUUGGGACCGCAAUAUUGAACAAGAAAGAGAGAACUACUGCUUAUGAAACAUCUGAUGAUGUGCAGCAGGAAACUGAUGUGUUUGAAGUUCCUAUCGAGAAAGUAACCAUGGAGCUUAAGAGUGAGCCAGAACUGCCAGCAGAUGAAGAUGAACUUAAUCCUAAAUCCGUCAGCUUGUCGUCUGAAUCACCGGCCAUGUCGGAGCCAGUGAAUCCAUUAUCUCACGAGUUGUCUUUGAAGAAUGAUGAGAUAAACAUGCUGAAGACCAAUCUAGGUGAGAAGGACAAAGAACUGGAAGCUUUUCGUCAAGAAAAUGAGGGUUUAAAGAGCCAGCUUGAUGAAAAGUCGGUAAAGAUAUCAUCGUCUCAAUCCGAGAUUGAUGAUCUGAAGUUGAGGUUGGAUAAAGCUGGUAACGAGCUGGAAGAGAGUCGAAUCAGUUUUGUCCAGAUAAAUGAAAAGUUAGAAGCUGCUGAAAAAGCAAAGGAGGAAUUAGAAAAUGAGAUGAAACUGCUUCGUAUACAAACUGAGCAAUGGAGGAAAGCAGCAGAUGCCGCAGCAUCUGUUCUGGCUGGGGGAGUGGAGAUGAACGGCAAGAGGAUAUCUCAGAGGUGUGGAUCCAUGGAUAAACACUAUGCCAAUUCGUUCGAACCCCUUGGUGGAUAUGGCAGUUAUGUAGGCUCUCCGGGACUGAAUGAUGACCCUGAUGAUGUUUUUGGAGGUGAAAAAAGGAAAGGUUCUGGUAUCAGAAUGCUGGGAGAUCUUUGGAAAAAGAAGGGUCAGAAGUAAAACCUUAAAACCUCCUGCAUUCUUACUGAUGUCUUGAGGCUAAGGAAUAUGGUUGCUUACCAUUCUUAUUCGCUCCCAUACCUUGACCAGUAUCAUUCACUAUGGUUGCAUUCUUGAAGCUACGGCCUAAAACCACUUGAAAUAUCAGGGCCUCAUUAAUUAAGUAUAUAAUCGAUGUAUUCAAUUACUCUUUUUAAUGUUUCACAAGAACUGCACUUGAGAUCAAUGGAUCAUCUAUUACAUUUUCCUUUACUGUGAUGUGAAUAGAUCAGAGGUUGUCAUA